UUCUUUCGACGUCAUUUUGUUCCGCGCUGCGCUUCACAACUCGGAUUUGUUAUGACAUCUGUGUUGUAACACGGUGAUAUUUGUAUAUUCUACACUGUCCACGGACGGCACUGAGGUCACAGCCGCAAAUCCGUGUAUAUUCAGCUCACUAAAUGGUUCCAGUCUGUAGAUAUUCUCUGCAAGGACUGAGGUGUAUACAUGCACUGAAAGCCGUUCAAGCGGAGCAUGUCUCUCUUCAGGGGUUCUCAAGGCGAUGCAGUUCCUCAGUCUCUGUGCCACGGAUUACCACCCACUACACAGUGUGUCCCAGAGAUAAGGACUCGCGAUGGGAAGGUGUGGAGAUGGAGCGCUUCGCAGAUGAGGCAGAUGUUGUCAUUGUGGGUGGCGGGCCGGCCGGUUUAUCGGCAGCCAUCCGGCUGAAGCAGCUGGCCAAUCAGCAUGAAAAGGAGCUCCGGGUUUGUGUGGUGGAAAAGGCAUCCCAGAUCGGGGCUCACACAUUGUCUGGUGCCUGUCUGGAGCCCAGCGCGCUCAAUGAGCUUAUUCCAGACUGGAAGGAGAGAGGGGCACCGCUGAACACUCCAGUAACAGAGGACAAGUUUUCAAUUUUGACAGAAAAAUACAGAAUUCCAGUUCCAAUAUUACCAGGUCUCCCGAUGAAUAACCAUGGUAACUACCUAGUUCGUCUGGGACAUUUUGUACGGUGGCUUGGAGAGCAGGCGGAGGAGCUCGGAGUGGAACUGUAUCCUGGUUACGCAGCAUCUGAGGUGCUUCUUCACGAGGAUGGAAGUAUGAAAGGAAUCGCAACCAAUGACGUUGGCAUCGCUAAAGACGGCUCUCCGAAGGAUGUGUUUGAGAGAGGCAUGGAGCUGCACGCUAAGGUCACUCUGUUUGGAGAGGGCUGCCACGGACACCUGGCCAAGCAACUCUACAAGCAGUUCAAUCUCAGGGAGAACUGUGAGCCGCAGACGUACGCUAUCGGACUCAAAGAGCUUUGGGUUGUCGAUGAAAAGAAGUGGCAUCCAGGUCGAGCGGAGCAUUCGGUCGGCUGGCCCCUCAACCGCAACACAUACGGAGGCUCUUUCCUGUACCACCUCAAUGAAGGAGAACCGCUGGUGGCCCUGGGGUUUGUUAUUGGAUUGGACUACACUAAUCCCUACCUGAGCCCGUUUAGGGAAUUCCAGCGUUGGAAACAUCACCCAUCUAUAAAAUCAACCCUGGAAGGUGGCAACAGGAUUGCAUACGGAGCGAGAGCCCUCAACGAAGGAGGUUUUCAGUCAAUUCCUAAGCUGACGUUCCCGGGCGGCAUGCUGAUAGGAUGCAGUCCGGGGUUCAUGAACGUACCCAAGAUCAAAGGCACUCACACAGCCAUGAAGAGCGGCAUGUUGGCGGCUGAAUCUGCAUUCAGGGUGAUUACAGACGAGAAUCUGAAGUCGGAAACAGCAGGACUUUAUAUUCCCGACUAUGAAGAAGAUAUCAAAAAGUCCUGGAUAUGGAAAGAGUUGCAUGCUGUGAGAAACAUCAGACCAUCUUUCCAUAACUACUUUGGCCUAUACGGUGGGAUGUUUUACACCGGAAUCUUCUACUGGAUUUUCAGAGGAAAAGAACCGUGGACCCUAAAGCAUAAUGGUCUGGAUGCUGAUCAGCUGAAGCCGGCUAAGAACUGUACACCCAUAGAAUAUCCAAAGCCAGAUGGAAAGAUCAGCUUUGAUCUUCUGUCAUCUGUAGCUCUGAGCGGGACCAAUCACGAACACGACCAACCGCCCCAUCUGACACUAAAAGAUGACAGCGUUCCAGUGGCGAGAAACCUUUCCAUUUACGACGGCCCCGAGCAGAGGUUCUGUCCUGCUGGAGUGUACGAGUAUGUUCCUCUAGAGUCAGGAGAUGGCAUGAGAUUACAGAUCAACGCGCAGAACUGUGUCCACUGCAAAACCUGUGAUAUCAAAGACCCCAGCCAAAAUAUCAACUGGGUUGUGCCUGAGGGCAGUGGGGGUCCAGCUUACAAUGGCAUGUGAAUUCAGCAUUAAUUCAUGUUUUUUUUAAAUGGAGAUCACACAAAUCAAACCAUAUACCUUGGGACGUUUAUACAACUUUCAGGGCUUUCCCUGUGUGAAACUGUUAAGAGUGCUUCUAAUGUGCCUGAAUGGAACAGAAUUUCCUCACGUCUUUAAUGACAUGAAGUGAAGUGUAAUUAUGUCAAGUUGCUUUGCAUAUUUCAAGGUUGAAUCUUAAGAAUUUUAUAUGUCUUUAUCGAAGGAACGUGUUGCAAUAGUAAGGCAAAAUGUUAAACUGUAUGUUACUGUAAUGUUGUGAACACAGGACCUUUAUACGGCUUUGUAUAUAUUGUCAAAGUUGAUAACUAAUUGGUAGAAAUAAAUGAAUGGAUUUAAA